GUAUGGUCAACCCUAAGGCGGGCUGCAUAGAAUUCGUUACUGUCUCUCUCCCGAGCCGUAGGCUCUAACGUCGCAGAGAUUGUCAUGGAGAACGAAGAAGAAAAGAAGCGUUUAUCGCUGAGGAUUCCGCUCACCAGGACUCUCUCACUUAGCCGUGAGGCGAUUUCUUCUUCAUCCCCAUUUUCAUCAAAAACUCUUCCUAUCGCUUCUCCAAUGACCAAUCUUGCGAUGGAACUAAGCAUGUCCAGUGUGAGGACGCCGCGACGACGUCUGUCGUUGUCGAGCAAUGAGAGCAACACGCCGUGCUCACCUCUUGAAGCUGACAUCAGUGGAAGGUCGAUCUCUCAGUCAUCUGCUGCAGAUCAGGGUUAUCAGAGUGGAUCGUGGUCUGAACCGAUCACACCUCUUUCGCCUGCAGAUGGCAUGCUGGGUGUUGGAUUUUUAGAAACUCCAAAACGAACUGGCCUUCGGAGAUCGUCAUCGUUUGCCACUGUCAACACACCGCCGUGCGUACCAGAAGACGAGAAGGAGAACAACAAAGGCUUUGUGUUUGCCCGUCCUGUCGGUAUCCGUUUGCGGCGCAAAGCUUUUCUGCCGGCAACACAAUCGAUAACAUGGCCAGAUAGUGGACUAGCCAACAAACUUUCAUUGAGUGCCGUGUCUCCAGGUGAUGUUUUCGAGUCAACGGGGGAUGGAAAGUGUAUAGGCACGAGUAGUUCUUAUCAUCAACGGUUGCCUUCAGGGUUUUCCGAUCUCAUUAAGAAACCGAUUAUUGUACAGGCUGGUGGCUUGAACAAACCUUGUGAUGGUUCUGAUUCACAACAAGAAGUAACUAAAGAUGGUAGGGUGUUGGAUAGGAGACUUGGGCAGGUUCGUCCGGCACUAAAAUGCCUCAGCGAAUCAGCAUUACUCGAUAGACAAAGUCCAACGAGCUUGAAAUUGCCUGCAGUCAAGCGAUCUAAUCCCAGCUCAUCUCCCAGCCCUGGAGCAAAGAAGAAAUCGAGGGCGUACUCACUAAGUGUUGAAAACGCUCACUCAUCAGACAGCAACCCAUUCUUCACACACGAGGUUUCUCCGAUCAGGAGAUGCUAUUCAAUGCCAUUCACGAGUCCUCUGAUUGACCAAGCAUUUGGGAUAGGCUGCGAGGAUGCUGACCUUAUAGGUGACUUUACGAAGCCACAUGCUUUGCCGAUUGUCAAUAGCAACAAGGCACUAAAAAAUAUUACGGUUCAAACGCUAUCCGAGUUGAUGAAUCAAGAGUACGAGUCUGAAAUUGGACGAUACGUUAUUGUGGAUUGUAGAUAUCCAUUUGAAUACAGCGGAGGACACAUCAAGGGUUCCAAGAAUCUCUAUCUGAAAGAUCAGAUAGAACACUUUUUUAUGCAAGAACCACUAAAGCUUCCCCAAGACGGCCGCCGUUUAGUCAUAAUUUUUCAUUGCGAAUUUUCAUCAGAACGUGGACCUACAAUGUGUAAAUAUUUGCGUGAACGCGAUCGAUCAUUUCAUGCCAGCAAGCUAGACUACCCGACUCUCUAUUAUCCUGAGAUGUAUCUUUUGUUUGGUGGAUACAAGGUGUUUUACGCAGAGUGCAAGGAACUCUGCGAACCAAACGGCUACACGUCGAUGAACGACGAGAAGUAUUUAAAUGAGUUGAAGCACUUUUCGAAGAAAGCGAAGUCGUGGAGUGGAGAGACUCCUCGCGUUUCAAGAACAGGUUUGAAGAAUUGCUGACGUCCCUCUGACAUUUAGUUGUAGCACGAUGUUAGACUGACACGUUUGUUUGCAUACGUUUUCUUACAACUGGAUGUUGGUGUCUUAAGAUUGGAUCUAUGUAAAGUCAUUUCCAAGUAAUAAUGGAAGCAACUGCACAAGCGAUCGUGUUGUCAUGUGUGA